GAAGUGGAGUUUAAAUGAAGAGCUUUAACCUGAGUUUCUCCAGUUAGGACGGCUCACUGGCUUCCAGCUGAGGAAUAAAGAUGAAAAGUUUGCUCUUUGUCACCUUGUUGCUCUCGACCUGUCUGCUCACGGUUGACGGCCGACAUCCAACCUGUAACUUCCUGCUGGAGGUGGAGAGAGACCAGGCUGAGUGUGUGAAGAGGCUGAGGGAGGAGGAGGCCGUCAGAAGCCAUAAAGAGCCGGGAUGCAAAGGGAUGUGGGACAACAUAGCAUGCUGGGAGCGAGCUGGGUUAGGGGAGACCAUGACCAUCCCCUGUCCUCGAUUCCUCAGGACUGUAUUCGGCAGAAAUGGUAACAUUAGCAGAAACUGCACGUCAGCAGGAUGGUCUGAUGUUUUCCCAAACAUAACCAGCGUGUGCGGGGCAGACGCGAGCCAGGAUAAGCUGGUCUUCUACUUGGUCGUGCAGACGUUGUACACUCUGGGUCACAGUCUGUCUUUAAUUGCCCUCACUACAGGGAGCGCUAUCCUCUGCCUGUGCCGGAAGCUCCACUGCACCAGAAACUACAUCCACCUCAACCUCUUCUUCUCCUUCAUUCUGAGAGCCGUGGCUGUGCUGGUGAAAGACGACAUCAUCUUUAACCGAAACUCGCACUGCUCCAACCAGCCGUCGCUGGUGGGAUGUAAAGCCAGCCUGGUGUUUUUCCAGUAUUUCAUUAUGGCCAACUUCUUCUGGCUGCUGGUGGAGGGUUUGUACCUCCACACCCUGCUGGUUGUCAUUUUCUCAGAAAACCGACACUUUAUUGUCUACAUGUUUAUCGGCUGGGGAUUCCCCACUGUGUUCGUGUCUGCGUGGGUGAUAGCCAGGAUUUAUCUGGAAGACACGGGGUGCUGGGAAAGAAAUGACAACCCCAUAGCCAACUGGGUGAUCAAUGGACCAAUUGGAUUCUCCAUCAUGGUAAACUUCAUUCAGUUCAUCUGCAUCAUUCGCAUCUUAGUUCAGAAGCUGAGGUGUCCUGACGUGGGCGGCAAUGACCAAUCGCAGUACAGGAGGCUCGCCAAAUCCACACUCCUGCUGAUCCCUCUGUUCGGCAUCCACUAUGUGGUCUUCGCGACUCUCAGCGAAUCCACCGCAGAAGAUUAUAGAAUAUUUUUUGACCUGGCCCUUGGAUCCUUUCAGGGUCUGGUGGUGGCCAUUCUCUACUGUUUCCUGAACAGUGAGGUUCAAGGCGAGCUGAAAAGAAAGUGGCGGAGCAUGUGUCUGAACUGUCGUCUGAGCAGAAAUCGCCACAUCAACAACACGUUUGUCUCCAGAAACGGUUCGCAGCACAUGGUGCAGUUUCACCGCAACUCCCGAACCCAGUCCAUCCUGCAGUCAGAGACCACAGUGCUGUGAGAACACGAGGGUCUUUGGCACGCGCACACAAAAAAAACACAAAAACGCAAAACAAAUGUAGUCUCCAGGCUGACCUGGGUCGAAUAGUUUUACAAAAUUAUUUAAAACACAAAAAUGAAAGUUGAAGUACCACAUGGGUGGGACGUGCACAUUACUGCAGUGCAGAUUUUGGUUUUAGCUUUACAAAUUUCUGCAAGCCUUCAAAUGUCCCAUCAGUGGAUCGAUCCUGUGAGGUUUACUGUGUCUGCUGCUAAGAGACAUUUUUUGUUGCAGUUUUUAUAUUACAAUGUCACCUGCGUCAGCCGAGAAAAAUAUGCGCAACUUCCUCUUUAUGCUGUUGUACCUGGAGUUUUGUGCAUGAAUAUAUGAGGUAUAAUAUGUACAUACAUGAAUGUUGCAUGCAUUAAAUUCGAUAUUUUAGAACAGAUAGACUUGUGUAAUAGACAUCUUUAGAUUGGCACUUGCAACACAAUCAAAAACACUUAUAAUCUAUCAUAAUGCCAUCUUUAAUAAUAAAGGAUACCAAGUAUCAGUAUGCAGAUGUUUGUAUAAUU